GUGCCAUGUUCUCACAGUCUAUUACGUUCCUUUUACUUUCGGUGUACAAAUGCAAGUUUCCUCCUCGGUUGCAGCGUGUACUUGCAUGUCCGGGUUCGGUCCUUUUAUUAGAAGAAGUUCGAUUUCUGUCACAUCACGCUUCCUAGACGACAUUAUCAGCAUUCGACCUCGCACGACACCACCGCCGAUACAAUCCUAUAGACGGAGUACAACAACGGCGAGACUUCCACAUAGACGCUCAUUCUGCUUCCGCAGCCUCGGCAAGUUUCCGAGACAGUCCUCUUGCAUGGGUGCUCCCAAACCGGGAGACAGGCCUCACGUUUCUGGCCGACGUACGGGCGCAGGCACGGCGACCAUGGCGCCGCCUUCCAAGUUCGAAGUCCGAGGUUACUCUGAGCACAAGUCCCCCAAGCCGGCCUCGCCGUCGGCCAGCAUAGUCCUGAUCUCCCCUUCGAACGAAAUCCUCCUCCUCCACCGCGUACGGACGUCCUCGGCCUUUCCCUCUGCUCACGUUUUUCCCGGGGGUAACCUGGAAGCCUCGGACGGCCCGUUGCCGUCUGACCCGCAGGAUGUGAACCGACACAUAGACAGUGUCGCUUACCGCACGGGAGCGAUACGGGAAUUGUUCGAGGAGACGGGCAUCCUCCUGGCGCGGUCGUCGCGCGAGGCCGGGUCACUUCUGGCGGUGUCGAAGGAGCAGAGGAAGGGCGGGCGCGAGGCAGUACACCAAGGCAAACUCACGCUGGCGGACUGGUUGAAGAGCGUGUCCCCCUCGGCCGUGCUCGACACGAACCGACUCAUCCCCUUUACGCACUGGGUCACACCCCCAAACGUGCCCAAACGCUUCACCACGCAGAUGUACUUGUACUUUGUCGACCGGGCCGAGAGCGGGAACCCCAGCGUCCACGCCACGGGGGACGAGGUCGAGACCAUGGCCCCCGAGUGGCGGAGGGCGAGUGACUGGCUGGACCGCGCGCGGUCCGGAGAGGUCAUUCUGUUCCCGCCGCAGUUUUUGCUGUUGUAUUUAAUAUCUGGCAUUCUGGAUCGGGGUCUGGUGGGACAAGGGCGGCAGGAGGAGGACGAGACGGCGGUGGUCGCGAAACGGGACGAAUUGAGAAGGAAGAUCGAGGGCGAAGGGUGGACCAACAAGUUCAUCAGUCCGAUCGGACUCCAGUUCGGUCGGGAGGAUGGCAGGACGGUGUUGGCGCUGGACAAGCCAGGCCCGGAACUCAAGGGGAGCGGUCUGAAGGGCGAUUCAGAGUACGUCGUGCUGGUCAAAUUUAGAAAAGAAGGUCCCCGGCAAUUGGACGUCGCACUCAGAAAAGAUGUGCUUAGAGACGAGAGGGAACUCAAGGCGCAGAAACAGAAGGGCAAACUUUGAAAACAUCUACUUGGCUCUUUGAUAGAGUCAGUAAAUCUUCAUGAUGGUUAGAUGUGUGUUUAAAACGAUGCAUAACAACUGUAGAUGAGCAACGAAAGAUGUUAGACAGUUAAAAGUUCUUGCGAAUUUUGUCUUGUGUGUAUUUACG